CCUUGGUUCAUUUUUCUCUCUCUCUCUCUGUCUUGAACUUCCCAAACUUGCCAGGAAACUCUCGAUCCUUUCGAUCUUCUGAUCUCGAACUUCGUUCAUCCCGUCUGCUGCUCCGAACUGCAAUCCUCCCACACCGUUGCUCGACACAAUUCUCCUGCCUUCUUGAUCGAAACCUAGGCUUGCUUUGCGUCCUCGUUCUCUCUAAACACUCCUCCCACCAAAAAAAACUUGCAAUAAACACGUUCGCCUCGCCCUUGACGUCGACCUUUUCCCUCGAUUUGUCCAUCUUUUGAUUGCCGGCCUUGUCGUUCCUCGUCUUGACCAGCUAUCGUUUUUCCCAUAAUGCCUACGCCACUUCCCUCUAGUUUUGCUUCGGCCGCCGCUGGCAACAUCCACGACUCUACUAAUCGCAGAGGAGAUGGAGCUCCUGGUGGAGAAUGGUCUCGCACUCGCAUGAACGGAGCAACACAGACCUUCCGCCGCCCCUCAGUUGCGACAAACCCGUCGCAUAACCGGGAUACGAGUCAACCGAACUCGGCCACCACUCCCACCGUCGGCACCUACACUCCCCCGCAUAUGUCCUCGAACUUCCAGUCCAGCGCACUCCGCAACGGGGCCACCACGGAAACUCGGUAUUCCAAGGACCUACUGCUAAAUCUCUACAAAAGUCAACGGGACACCGGCUCGUUGGGGAAGAAUGUCGCAGAAUACUUCGUCGCCGACUGGAAUCCUCACGCCUCCGAGACCUCCCCUGUCAAUGGCGCGUGGGGCAAGCGCGAAGAUUCCAAGGACAAUCCGUCCGGUCCGGAGGUCUGCUGGGAUCAUGGGGGCCAGGUAGAGCCGCUGGGACUCGUGGAACCGACAGAUGACGAGAAAGAGUUGUUUACCUCUUCCGUCAACUCUCCUCUCAAGCCGCCACCGACGAACGCCUCGAAAGAGAACACCGGUACCGGCCCGGGAGGUCGCAAGCUGUCCAUUUCCCAGGGUCAUAUGAAUAACUACAACACCUCGUCCCCCAGCGCUGGCCGUCCUGGUCCCCGGCGUCGGGAGACAGCGGACUCGCCUGCGAAUCCCAUGUCUCCGACGACCAGCGGUUCUCGCUUUUUCCGGGAUGAACCGACCACGUCUACCCCGCCGCCCUCCUUGCUGCGCCGCAAGACCGACUUCCGCGAUACGGCCUCUUCCACUGCUCGGUGGGAGGAAAAGGAAAAGGAGAAUGUGGGCAAGGAGACCGGUGCGGAUGUGGCUUCUCCGUUUGGCUCGCUCAAGCGGAGUUCCACUAAUCCCCUGAGCGUGGCGCCAGGCGGGCCAAGCUCUCCCUGGGCCGCUUCUGCCUCGCACAAUGCUAACUACUCGCCAAUGGGUGCGUUCGGAGCCUUUUCUCUUGGAACGAGUACCACCCCCACGGCGGAAAAGAAGGCUGGGUUUGGCAGUCUCCGUGGGGAAAGCCGCCUGAAGGGACUCUUCUCCAAGGAUAGCUCCGAGGACAUGGCUGCGGCGGCUCUCAAGGAGAAGUCGUCGCUUAGCAGUCUGGAGCGUUUCGCGGAUGUGGAGGGCGAGAAGCGCGCGCAGUCUCCGUGGGGCGAGCCUGUCAAGACGCGCACUGGUCGCAGUGAGACGAACCCGUUCCAGGAGGAGCUUCGCAGUGGCAGCGCGGCACUUGGAGGUUCUCAGGAGGUGAACCCACAACCCCAGGCACCGUCCGACCAGCUGGGCUUUGCGGCGUUCGGCAUGACCUCGAGCAUCCCUGGAUUCCGGGAACUGAUGCAAAGCCACGAAAAUUCCCGGAACCCUACCCCGAGUCUUCUGCAAGGACACGAACCCACUAGCCCGACCAACACGAACCCCUACCAGAGCCCCCACGGCGAACGACACGAGGUGGAUGAUGUCGAGACUGACGGCUCCGAUAUUCAGAACACCACUCACCCAGGUAUCAGUGGUCUGCGGGAUACCUCAUCCGCUUUCGGCUCCAUUCGACGCGUCGGCUCAGGCAUGGACCUGCCAUCCAUUGAUCGCAGCCAAACUUCCAGUGCGGCCGGAAACCGAAGCUUCUCCAGCCUUGGUGGCCUCGGUGGUCUUCCCCCCAUCGGAGGCGCUGCAGGAUGGCCUUCGAGUGCUGCCGUUGGCACCCCAACUCGCGAGCGAUCUGCAUUUGCGGGCGGAUUCGGCGAGUCGAUCUUCGGGACCAUGGGUGACCUGCAGUCGCCAAGCUUGUCCACACUGGGAGGAAGUGGCCUCUUCAGCCCGCAUGCUGGAAUCACGGGCACGGGCAGCUUGGGUCGUUCCAGUAAGCUAGGCUCGCUCUUCCCCCCUGCCAUGCAGGAGCAGAUGCAGGGUGACCAAAUCCGGCCCGAUUUGGGAGCCUUGGAUGAGGCUGCUCGGCAAUCUGGUGAAAUCUUUGAUGGACUCUUGGCGGACCAGGCUUUGACGCACGGAGCAGAACUGCAGCCUACCGAUAAGUCCGGGCAGGGCGGCCAGCCAGCUAUCACCUCGACCUCCCAGACCCCCGUCUCUGCCGUUGGCUCCGGUCCUGGCUCCAUGGCUCCUGACGUGCCGCAGCCUAGCCAGACCCCCGGCAAUGCCGGGUCUGUGCCUCCAGCGCAGCAACGGACCAUGGUGAUGCCUGAUCGCAUGCGCUGGAUCUACCGUGACCCUCAGGGCAAUAUUCAAGGACCCUGGACUGGACUGGAGAUGCAUGAUUGGUUCAAGGCCGGAUUCUUCAGCCCGGAUCUGCAGAUCAAGAAGCUCGAGGACCCGGAGUUUGAGCCACUGGCCCAGCUGGUUCGUCGUAUCGGCAACUCUCGCGAACCGUUCCUGGUUCCUCAAAUCGGCAUCCCCCACGGUCCUGACCCUGCUCCUGGACCCUGGACUGGCAACUCGACUGGCACCGCUCAGCCUCCUUUCCCUGGUAGCUUCCCCAGCUUCGGCACAACCCUGACGGCCGAGCAGCAGAACGCUUUGGAGCGUCGCAAGCAGGAGGAGCAGUACUUGAUGGCCCGCCAGAAAGAGCAUCUGGCUCAGCAGCAGGCGCUUAUGAAACAGAUGCAGUUUCAGGGCGUUCCUCACUCCAUUCACCCUCAUCAGCUGCAGCAUCAUUCCAGCGCUCAUAGCCUUCACAGUCAGCCCAGCUUUGGUAGCAUCGCUUCUCCGGUUAACUUCCAGCCGUCGCCGAUCCAGGCGCCCAUGCAACAGCAGCAACAACAACAGCAGCCGCAGCCGCAGCAGCCUCCGUCCGUGGCCGGCUUUUUCGAUGCCGCUGCCGCCAUGCGAGGCAACCCUCUGCCGAACGUAGGCCCUCAGAUGCUCGGUACGGAUCUGGUGAACAGCCAGGAUCAACUCCCUGCGCUUCUGGACCGCCUGAACAUUGGCCGACCGGAUCCGUUUGCCUUUGGACCUAGCUCUUUCGCCGCUCGCCAACCUGACAGCCUCUUCCACCAGCAGCAGGUCGCCUCGAUGCUUCAAGACCGGGCGCGUCUGCAGCAGGAGCAGGAGCAGUUCGAUAGCACCCAGGGCGACACACUCUUCGAUCAACAGGCGCGUGAGGAGCGACUUCGUCAGUUCCAUGCCUUGAGGGCUCAGGAAGCCGAAUUAGGCAUGCAGACCGUCGAAGGCCUUCCCACCCACCCGGCCGCUGAGUCCGAACAGCCUCAGAUUCCCGAGGAGACUCCCGAGUUCGAUGAUGUUGACGUCGCCCCGCAGGAGCCCGCUCUCACUCUGUCGCAGCAAGUGCAAAAGGCUGCUACCGCCCAACGCCAGCAGUUGGAGCAACAGGAACAGCAAGAGCAGCAGCAACGCGAGCAGCAGCAACUGGAACAACCACAGGCGGGCUCUGCCGCUGAGGCUGCCUGGAUGAGCAAGGGUGACAGCGCUAUGCCGCAGCCCUUCCCUCCUCCGCCCUCUGCCUCCCCUUUGCCGGCGCCUGCUGCUCAACGCAACCGCCAGAAUGUGGCCGAAUCUCUGGCUGCCAACUCCCGCUCUCAGACGCAGACCCCUGUGGAGGCACCCACCACCUCGAUCGCGCCCUGGGCCAAGGAAGCCAACGAGGUCCCCAAGGGUCCCUCUCUGAAGGAGAUCCAGGAGGCCGAGGCUCGGAAUGCCGCUCAGAAGGAAGAAUUGGCGGCGGCCGCUCGUCGCGCGCAGAUGCUUGCGGAGCAGGAGCGCCUCAGCCAGGCCGCUCAGGUCCAGGCUCCUGGUCUCCCAUCCACUGCCAACUGGGCCAGUGCCGGAUCUCCCUCCACCCCGACCUCGGCGGGUUCCGUCUGGAACAACAAGGGACCUGCUGCCCCAACCGCUGCCGCCAAAAAGACUCUUGCUCAGAUCCAGAAGGAAGAAGAGGCUCGUAAGCAGCGUCUGGCUGCCGCCGCGGCUGCGGCUCAGAGCGCUGCCGCUAGUCCCCCUACUGCUCCUUCGUCUACUGGUAAGCGCUACGCGGAUCUGGCCAGCAAGGCUCCUGCGCCGUCUCCUGUCAACGCUGCUGCUUCCUCGGGAGCAUGGACCACCGUCGGUGCCGGCGGCAAGGCCAAGGCUCCUCCUGCGGCUCCUUCAGGACCCCGGGCGACUACUGGCGUUGCGCCUCAGGCUGUUUCCCCUGUGAAGCCCAAGCCAGCUACGAUUGCCACGCCGCGUCCUGUCUCCGUGGGUACUACCCCGCCGGCCAACCCGAACCGCGCGGUGGAGGAGUUCACCAAGUGGGCUAAGUUGGCGCUGGGCAAGGGAUUGAACAGCAACAUCAACGUGGACGACUUUGUGCAGCAGUUGCUGUUCCUGCCGGCCGAGGCAGAGAUCAUCUCGGACUCGGUGUAUGCUAACUCGCAGACACUGGAUGGACGACGGUUCGCGGAGGAGUUCAUCCGUCGGCGCAAGCUGGCGGACAAGGGCAUUGUGGAUCCGGUGGCGGCCAGUGCGUUUGCGGACCAGAAGAGCUCGGGCGGCUGGAGCGAGGUGGCCAAGAAGGGGUCGUCGAAUGCGCACCGCGAGGAGGAUGCGAGCAACGCGGCGUUCAAGGUGGUUGCGCCGCGGAAGAAGGGCAAGCGGUAAAUCAGGUGGUAAUGUUUGUACAUUGCAGGAGGGGAUAGUGUAUCUUAUCUGAGAUUUAAAGUAUAGAUCGGUAGCUUAUCUACUAUCUAUCUAUCUAUCUAUCAUGUGACG